GGAACUAUGCUCAGUUCUUGGAGCGCUCCAAGCUGUCCUCCACUUAGCCAAGCUCCCCAUCCGCUUUCAGGGGGUGGUUUUCUACUGUCUGCAGCGGUACUUAUUGCUUUCCCCACUACAGACCUUUCACGCUGUGGUAACUGCCAGGUUUUCUGCCUUUCUCAUUACAGUUCCUUCCUCGCAUGGACCGCGUUUUGGCCACGGCUGUAUCCACAGCUCGCAGGAUGGGCGGAGACCCCGCCCGCCCAGAGGCUUCACCGCCCACGCAGUAGCCGGGCGUCGAGAAGUUCCCAGCGACCAAGGCGGAGCGAGCAUGCGCACUGGGAAGGGGCAGGAAGCGCGGUCUCCAGCCUCCAGCACGCGGCCCCAGGCGGGGGCGGGCCUUGGCAGCUCGCGCUCCCCUCCCUCGCCCCGUUGCGCUUGCGCGCUGCGGACAACGGUUGCAGGGCGUCCCAGGGCCUGAGGCAGGGUGGUCCGCCGCUGACACUUCUCCUUUCGGCCCUGAGGUUCCCAGCCUGGUGGCCCCAGGACGUUCCGGUCGCAUGGCGGAGUGCUGUGGACGGCACCCAUGGAGCCCUUAGUCGUUCUAGUUGCGCUGUUGCUAUGGCCUUCGUCUGUGCCGGCUUAUCCGAGGUCCUGGCCUCGACGCCCAGGGUUGUCCCUCUCCUCUCCUGGUGACUCAGGCGGCGGGGCCCAGACUGACCGGAGGCGCCGGCAGGCCGUGGGCGCGGCUGGAUCCCCCUCACCUGGCCAGAGGCCUGCCUCUGCCCCCCCGGCCCUUCCCCAGCCUUUGGUGGGCGUGUGACGGCGCGGGGGUUGGCUGUCUGCCGCCAGCCGGCCACGUCGCCAAGUGGCUGGCCAGCUGGGCAUGCUUUUUGCAUUUUCAAAUGUAAAUGUGAAACGUGCUCCUUCAUGACGCGUGGAAAAGCAUGGCAUUCACAUUUGAUUGUUCGUGAAUAAAGUUUUAUUGGAACACAGCCGCGCUCAUUCCUUUAUGUAUUGCCCACGGCUGCUUUCCCGCGUUGCAACAGCGGGGUUAAGUGGUUGCCACACAGUCUGGCCUCCAAAGCCUGAAGUAUUCGCUAUCUGGCCCUGUACAGAAAAGGGUUGACCCGUGCAGGAAAACUUGGAGAGCGUGUGGAUUGUGGGCCGUGGUCUGGGACACUCACCUGAUGAUGCAGUCCCAGAGAGCACGCAUGUGCACACGCUAUUCAAAGCCUUAGUUAAGCAGGAUUAUAACGACUUGACAAAAAGCAAUUUUGUCCCUCCCCAAAAGCUGAAAACCAAUGAACUCAAAUUCAGGGACACCAAGACUUUACUAACAAUGUCAUAUGGGCACCUUGAGGCACUUAGUAUUGAAGUCAGGUAGAUGAGGCUUACCCAUUUAGUCUAACUAGUUCACUGCGGCAUUUAGUAAUGUUGGAAUUUGGGUUAACUUAAUAAAUCCAAUUUAACAGGUGUGAAAAAAGUAGUAUUGUGCAUGCUGAUUAUGCAAAUCUAUGUUUCAGAAUUGCUAAAAGAUCUUAGUUAAAAAUCGAUUUAAAAACAAAAUAUGACACAAUCUAAAUUAUCAUGAAUAGUAGUGGGAAAAGUUCUAGAUAAAGUGUCCCAGAAAACUAAAGUUAGCUCUGUAAAUACUAGCACUUAUAAUUUGUAGCUCUUUUUAAUAAGUUUUGUAAAACUUUUCUUCCUUGGCAUAAAGGACGAGAACAUAAUGAAGCUGCUACUGUCUUUUCUUGGUGUCCAAUGAUCAUUAUUACUGACACCAGUUAUUGCAUUUUGAUAGUUGUAGAUCAGCAAGUCACAAGUGACUAACAUAUAUGGAGACUUUAAUUGAAGUGAUUUUAACACUGUCACACAGUACUCGGGGGCUGCUGGGUAGGAGUCCGUGGACACCCACUUAACUUAGCACUUUCUCUUGCCUAACACCGUAAUUUCACGGCCUGUUCUCUUUCUUUGCACCAUGUUCCCUACGUCUUCUCGGGAAGAAAGAAAAGGGUUGUAGGAAAUGAAAAAACACUUCUCAGAAAAAAAGGUGAUUUUGUGUUGAAUAUAUAGAUGUUAUAAGACAUGAGGAAACUCUAUACAGAUUGUAAUCAUGGAAGAUGUCAUGGAAAAUGUAGUUUAACUCUCUUUUCCAGAGUGGAUUAAGAAAUAUAUAGAGCAGGCUGUGGUACAUGGCUCUUUCUCUGUAUCUGUCUCUCUUUUCUCUAUAGAUAAUUUUGUUUUUAAAAUAAGUAUACAAAAAUACGUAUAUAAUUGAGCUUGAUGUAAAUCAGCUAUGCAUUCUUUCAUAUGGCCACUAUUAGAAUGAUUGUUGGCAAGAUGCAAAAGAUAAGGCACAUAGGUUUUAUAAUGAAAAGUGCAGCUUUGACACAUUGUUUCUAGACUACUAGCCAGUUUGGAGGUUAUGUUACACAAACAUCAUGGCUAUAUUAAGUAACUGCAUUUGUUGAAACCUCCGUACUUCUUGUAUUGGCCCAAUCCAAGUUUGGCUAGUAUUUGUUUAAUUUAAAUUCAGUUAGACAUAAAUACCACUUGGGUAUACAGAAGUUGGCACUCCUUUACAUACACACACACACACACAUACACACACACACACACACACACACACACACACACACACACUGAUGGGGCUGGAUAAACAGCUUUUUACUAUAUAAAACUUUAUAUGUUCAGUUUCCUGGACCUGAUUUUUCCAUAGUUUUAAAUGCUUUCUCAUUUUUAAAAUCAUGCCUCUUUAAUGUAUUUAUACUGUGCAACUUACUUCUUAAUGAGAAUUCUUUUUGCUUUAAAAAAAAGUGUACAGGCUGGGUGUGGUGGCUUAUGCCUGUAAUCCCAGCACUUUGGGAGUCCAAGGCAGGCAGAUUACUUGAGCCCAGAAAUUCAAGACCAGCUUUGGUAACAUGGCAAAACCCCUUCUUUACAAAAAAUACAAAAAUUAGCCAUAUGUGGUGAGGCACGCCUGUAGUCCCAGCUAUUUAGGAGGCUGAGGCGGGCCCAGGAGGUGGAGGUUGCAGUGACCUGAGAUGGCACCACUGCAUUCCAGCCUGGGUGACAGAGUGAGACCUCAUCUCAAAAAAAAGAAAAGCACAGUAACUUCUAAAGUAAUAUUAACUUAAUAGUUACGUAUUUAAAUGAUAUCAACUACUAUUAAAAUUAUAUAAUUUGUCUUUUAUAAUUUUAACUCAUCAAAUAUGGGCUGGGAGUGCAAAC